UGCCAACGAAGAGGAGCCUUCUGUUGGCCCACUUCACCAUAACAGCAGCAAAAGCAACGAUAAAAGACGAUGAAGCGAGCACUUUCGGGAGGGGUUGGGUCGGCAGCAGCGACCCUCGCGGCGAGCGGGAGCCACGGAGCUCGAUGUACAGUCGGGCGAGGGCCGUCGCAUCUUUUGUCGGCGACUUCCUGUCGAGGCUCGUGUCGGACGAUGGCUCUCCAACAAAGGGGUAUUGCGACGUCUUCGAUUGCCUCAUAUCCCUCACCGUCAAUGUCUCGUCAGGCGCCAUUGGAGCCGCAGACGCACCUGAACAGCAAAGUCUCGUCGCCAGAGGACAAGCUUCCUCCUCCGAAUCCGCCCCCUCGGAGGACUUCUUCAAAAGCGAGAAUACAGCCCCAGCCUGCUUCUACAGCGGCCCAGACAAGUGGAGCUAGAAUAGCGUGCGGAGGCAAAGAGAAGGCGCCGACGACAGAGACAGCGCCGGCUGCAAGGGAAGAGCAGCAGGUGUCGGAAGUAGCUGCCAAGGAAAAUGCGCCGACGCCAACAUCAAGUCGAGCAGGCCCACCCGCAGCGCUGCAGAGGUUUUCGUCGAAGCAGGCGAGCGAAGUGCCGCAGGAGUCCAAGCAGGAGGUUCCGGGGGGUCCCCCAAAGCCGACGUUAAAGGAAAGGGCCAUGAAGCUGUACGAGACGGCAAAGUACCUCUUCAAGUUCUACUUGGAGGGCAUCAAGCAAAUCUGGAGGGACCGAGAAAUGGUCUCGAAGCUCCGUGCGAGGGUUAAGGAGAGGGAGGAAAAGGGUCUUGGAGGGAUACGGUGGGUCGAAUCGCAAAUGAUUCAAACACAUCGCGCCAACAUGCGAAAGCUGCCACUCUUUGUGGCCAUACUCCUCAUCCUCGAGGAGAUCCUCCCGCUUGUUGUCAUCUAUGCACCCUCGUUGCUGCCAUCGACGUGCGUCUUGCCGUCGCAGCUCGCCAAGAUGCGGUCCGAGGAGGAGCGGAGGCGGGCAAAUGCUGUCAAGGCGCUGGCCAGCGAUGAACAAGUCCGCAAGGUCGUCGAUGCGACGAUGAAGAGCGACACAAAAGUGCAGCCGCCUUCUGAGCAAGAGGGACAAGCAGUCGUGCCGCCCACGACUCUGGCUUCGCUAAACCGAAACACUCUCGCUUCGGUUGCCGAUCUCUUUGCGCUGAAUCACUGGGGUCGGCCGAAGUCGCUCAUCAUCUCCUCAAUCGAGAAGCAUAUGGCGUAUCUGCGCAAGGACGACGUCAUGCUACUCUCAGCCCUCGAGAGCCGAGGACAAGAGACGUUUGCCUCGUCGGUGGACGAGGAGACGUCCUGGACCAAGCUUCGCGACUCGGACUGGCUCUGGAAGGCGUGCUCGAAGCGCGGACUGAGGUCGUCUGAGGCAAGCAGUGCGACGAUGGAGUCGAAUCUCAUCACUUGGCUGCAAGUGGGCCGCACCGAGCCACCAUCAGAUCUUGGGCUUGCGCUGCUCCCGCUCGCGCUGUACGAUGGCACGGUGGAGGAGCUCGUCAAGCUCGAAGGCGAGUUCAGCGAAGAGCACAAGAAGGGCCUGAGGCAGCGGACCGCAGAGGUCGUCGAGAGCGUCGUUGAGGAGGAGAGGAGGAGGAUGAGCGAGCCGGCGGGAGAGAAGACGACGACGACUGAGGCAAGCGAGGGCAAGGACCUAGACAAGAAGGCGUAGUCUAGACAAUGGGCCGCCACUCUUCUCCCGCUUUACUUCCGUAGAUGGACUGUGUACUCCUUACCACAUCACAACUCUUUAAUCGCACUGUGGCAUAGACAAGCUUCACAAGAAUUGUCAAUCUGUCUUUCCUAAUGAUUGCUACUCUCCGAAUGCUAAGCACGCGCAAUGAGACUAUGCGGGCGCAAAGACGC